CAAUAUCUUCAUAUCCUCCCAUUGGCCAACUGACAGUGCCUUCAUUGGCGCAGAGACGCAAUGACUCGAAUACUGCCGACUCAGUGGAUGCAUCAGAUGUCAGUCAAAGGGAAGACGCAUGUUUUGGAUGCUGAGAAUUGAUACUUCAGAAAAGUGUUAAAAGUUUAUGGAAGCAGAAAGGAUGCUGUUGGUUAAGACGUGCUUUUCUUCGCAUUUGGCCGACGAUGUUGAUGUACACCGAGUCCGACCAUAGGCUAUACAUAUUCUCCCCCUUUUGACGGUUCAUUAGUCGGAUAAGGUAAAUGUGAACACAGAAAAUACACACUGGGAACAACGAAAUUCCGAUGCAGAAAUCCUCAGCACUCUUCGGGAUGGUCAGUCACUGCCAAACCCCAUCGUUUUCAGACUUCACGGGACUGACUCUCUCCAUGUACAGCAGUAAAUCGGACAUCUGCGCCAGACGCAUCGGGAACGACGGUUUUGGAGCCCAGAGUCAUAUGCAAUGUCCGAGUCCAAAGCGGCAUGCCGCGCCAGAAGAGCGCUAUGGAUCUCAAGAGAAAGGCCUUCUGACAGCCAAAUCUCCCCGCGCCUGCUUCUCUCUCUCCCCCGAACAAGUGAACGGCAGUUGCAGCGGUGCCUACUGCCCAGAGAAGGAGAGUGGGCCAGAGCUGGGGGGCAGUGAGGGCACACUGAUGCGCUGUGGGCAGAGUCUGGCGGUGCCGGUGCCACCAGGGAGCCAGCCAGGUCCAGUGGGUCAUUACCACAGUGUCCACUGUGAGCGGCCCACACCCACACACAACCUUCAUCUGCAGGACAGCCAGCAGCAGCACGCUGAAGCCAGGUCCUCUGCCUUCCAGAGAUCCCUGGCCUCUCCCGACCCAGGCUGCGGAACCUCCAACGGGGCCAGGGCACUUCCUCUCUCCUAUCCCAUCAAACAGGAGGCAUCCAUGGGCUACAACAUCUCACAGGGACCAGGGGUCCCCACCACAAUCCAGGGUGCCUUCCAGAACAGCAGGGGAAACAUUGGGGUCCGGCGGGGGGAGAUGGAGGGUCCUCUCGGUGGAAGCGGCGGUGGCAGUGGCUUAGGCAGUGCUCUAUCGGCAGACUCGGCGUACCCGUUUAAUAAUGAAGAUGGCUCCUCCCCGCUGUCUUUGUCCCCAAGCGGCUCCCGUCAUUCAGCGCGGCUGCUCACUACUAGCAGCCUGAAGAGACGCUGCCUGUCCCUGGCUUCCCAGUCCGCCGCUGCCAGCAGCAACGCUAGCGCCGUCGCGAACGCCGUCGUCACCGCCACCGAGGGGAUCGAUAUCACCGCCAUUAUCUGCUCCUCCCAGAUGUCCGUGGUGGCCUGUGUCAACGGGCUCCGGACAAACCCCUCACCCCAGCCCAGCGGCGGCUUCUCCUCCCGGGCUGGCCCCCACAAGCCCCCACCCCCCCAGAAGUGCAGCAGCCCCCAGCAGCCCCUCUCGCAGGAGAGUUGUCAGCUGCCCUCGCCUGCCGCCUGCCUGCUGUCCCUCUCCUCGGGCUCCUCCUCGGGCUCCUCCUCCUCCUCCGUGUCUUCUCUGGACCCGGAGCAGCAGAACCAGGGACUGUGUGAGGAGCCCGGCUCAAUGCAGCCGGUGGGUGGAGGAGGAGGAGGAGCAGGCGCCGAUGGGCUGGGUCUGCUGAUGAGUGGGGCCCUGAUGACGGGAGGCCUGCUUGGGAACGUGUCUAUGCUGGAGGGCUGUCAGAGGGCCGGUGGAGGAGCUCUGAAACAGGAGCCUCUAGAUGACUUCUCUCCCAGCGAGGAGGAGCUCUUUCAGCACCACUACCACCAUCACCACCAUUAUAAUCACCUGACUGGCCGCACUGCUGCCAGCCACCUCCGUCCUCACCCCCACCACCCUGCCCCCCCGCGGCCCUCCAUGCCCCCACCCUACCACCUGCACCAGUACGGGGGCCCAAGCCCAGGGGGCUUGCUGCACCUCCAGAACCAGCCCACAUCAUCUUCAUCGUCACUCCUCUCGGGCCUCAAGACCUCGAGCCCCGUCGGGGGAGAGGACGGUGGGCCGCUCAGCGACAAGCAGGUUUGCCGCUGGAUUGACUGCAGUGUGGCGUACGAGCAACAGGAGGAGCUAGUGAGGCACAUCGAGAAGGUGCACAUCGACCAGCGCAAAGGGGAGGACUUCACCUGCUUCUGGGCCGGCUGCAUCCGCCGCUACAAGCCCUUCAACGCCCGCUACAAACUCCUCAUCCACAUGAGGGUCCACUCGGGAGAGAAGCCCAACAAGUGUAUGUUUGAGGGCUGCAGCAAGGCCUUUUCCCGCCUGGAGAACCUAAAGAUCCACCUACGGAGCCACACAGGGGAGAAGCCCUACCUGUGCCAGCACCCCGGCUGCCAGAAAGCUUUCAGCAACUCCAGCGACCGGGCCAAGCACCAGCGCACUCACCUGGACACGAAACCGUACGCGUGUCAGAUCCCGGGAUGCACCAAGCGCUACACCGAUCCCAGCUCCCUACGCAAACACGUCAAGAUCCACUCGGCCAAAGAGCAACAGGUGCGUAGAAAGCUGAGGCCCUGCCCCCACCUGGAGCAGGACGUCCUGAGUGAGUGUCUGUCUGUGCACCACCCGCAGGGCUCCGUCCCCUCUCAGCACCAGCACCUGCACUGCCCCGCCCCCUCGCAGCAGCAUUUGUUCAACGGGAAGGAUGGCCGCUCCCCGGGACUGUGCCAGGACAUCUUCACAGGCCUGUACACUGGCUCCAGCACUCCCCACCACGGUGUCUCAGUGGAGCUCCUCUCCCCAGGACCAGCCCCCACCCCUGGCUCAGCCUCCGCCCCUGACCUGCCCCCUAGGCAGCCCCGUCUGGACCGGGACCUGAGCAGCCCGCAUCAUCUGUCCCCUCUGUCCACCAUGGAGAGCACACGUGACGGGGUGUCGGGUCCUCUCCUCUCCCCAGGGAUGAAGGGUACAGGCACUCCUCCUCCCUUGGAGAAGCAGCAGCAGCAGCAACAGCACAUCCACCCCCACCACAAGCCCUACUCUCAUUACCACCACCAGGCUGCCAGUGACGAUUACCAAGGCAGCUUUCAGAGCUGCUUCCAUUUUGGAGACUCCUACAGAAUGGAGCAGUCUGUGAGUGGUGUUCACUUACCAGCGGACUCACAUGGCUACACUUCCCACCAACACAAUGGCUUCCACAUGUCCAGCACCAGCGGUGGCUCUGCGGCAGGCUUCAGCUUGGCCCAGGACCUCCAGGGGCCAGGGGGGUGCCAGUUCUCCUCCAGCCCAGAGGAGAGCAUCUUCUUCCAGGUGAACAGCUUCGACCGCAGCCUGAGCCAGAUGUCCUCUGUCUACACAGAGACAUAGAGGACCGGAUGCUGCCCUAUGUACCGUUAUACGGGCCUCUCAUGGAGUAUGCAUUUCAAUAGUCUGAGGUGAUAGCCUUUCCUUGGUCUCUGUUCCAGUUUGUACUGAUCUAGAGGAAACAAGCUGAGUGAAAGCAAGCCAAUCGGUAGCUUCCAGACCUGUGUUGCUUUUCUUUUGUUAGAUCAGGGUGGAUGAAGGGAAGGGGGACUAGGAAAGGCAAUUUUAGAGUAUUGAGAUAGACCCUAGUAUAAAACGUUAUUCCAUGAUUCCGCUGGUCAAUGGCCAUCCUUUGUAGCUUUUUCUACUGCUCUGAAAGAACUGUCGUACCUCUGUAGUAUGACAGAGCUCCCUACAGCCCUGCCCGAACAGAUACCAAGUGGACACAUUUCAAACGGAGACAUGACCUACUCCAGAACUCCCUCCUGUUUCUCUCUCCUUCCGUCUCUACAUCAUUCAAUCUACUAAGAACUGAAAUGUAGACAAAUAUAUAUAAUUUUGCCGUGUUGUUUUUAACAGUGGAAAAUAAAUGUAUUGUUUGCAUUCCUUUGUUUUUUUUGUGUGUUUGUUUAUUUUGUUUGAAUUGUCUUAAGAUAUUUCUGAAUGGUAAAUGGAGGGGUGGUGGAUGGUCAUUCGUGAAAUAUUCUGGAACACAGUCAAAUCUACUUUAUCAUGUGUAUAAAUGUACAGUUUGUUUAAAGCGAUCUUCUGAAUGUUUGUUAUUCCCACGUUUAAGAAAUAAAUGCUAUUACAAUAAUACAGAUGGUGACUCUUCUUCUUACAGUGGUAUGCACAUCCAUGAAAUUAUCACAGGUGCAGGGUAAUGCCAUGUCACAGUAAAAUACAAUUUUAAUUAUGGGAGCAUUCAAAUAAAACAGUGUUCAGGAAUUCUUAUUUUCCGAUGAUCCUCACUUAGUGUUAUUACAUGGUUAUAGCACAAAGUGCACGAUCCUUGCCUAAUUACAAGUUUCAAAUAACUAAAGCACAAUAUAUCUUGCUAUAAUGUGAAAUGUAUGUGCCCAAGAUAUAACCAGCAGUACCCACAUAAAGUAGCGUAUACAUAUGGGAAUGUUCAAGUGGCAGGCAAAUUAGACAAGUGGCGAACAGUUCCACUGCAGUUGACACGCUGGUAAGUGAAGCACCAACCAUAGACAGACUCUGCCCUCUUGUGGGCAUUCUCAAAUGCUGCAAGCGGGCAUACAAACCAAAUGUUUCACGCUAGCACUCUGAAAAGUAAUGCCGCUGAAUUGAGACAACCUGCAAAAUGUCUCCUCUAACUCUACACUUAAGUUGUAUAGCGCAUACGUGACAAACAAAAAUAACCAUGUCAGUCUCGUUCCUUUCAAUGAAUGACAAAGAUGUUUUCAUUGGUACA